GGCUGCUGCACCGGUGGCCUCAGCUCCUGACGGAUUUCGCUGCCUUCCUGCUGCCCGAGCAGGCCCUGGAGUGUGGYCUGUUUGAGGAGCAGCAGGCGUUCGAGAAGAGCCGCAAGUUCCUGCGGCAGUUGGAGAUUUGCUUCGCUGAGAACCCGGCCCAGCACCAGAGAAUCAUCCGGGGCUGCGGGGACACGGGGACACAGGACACUGCUGAGCUGAAGGCGCAGGUGUGGCCGCUGCUGAAGGGUCACUCGCACCUGCAGGACGAGUUCUCGGUGUUCUUCGAUCACCUGCGACCCUCGGCCGCGCGCAUGGGCGACUUCGAGGAGAUCCACUGGAGCGAGGAGAAGGACUACGAGUUUGAUGGGUUUGAAGAGGUUUCUCUGCCCGAUGUGGARGAGGAGGAGGAAGCGCCCAAAAUCCACGGAGCCACCAAAAGCAAAAAGAGGAAAGAGAUGGGAGGGCAGAGCCACGACAAGGAUGUGGAGUGGCCCGAGGCUGUCAGGGAUAGUUCCUGUCCCUGUUCUGUCAGUAUUUUCUGUAUUUUAUCAGGAUUUUCUCUAUUUUCUCCGGAUUUUCUGUAUUUUUAUCAUUAUUUUCUAUAUUUUUAUCAUUAUAUUGUAUAUUUUUGGGAUUAUUUUGUGUAUUUUCAGGAUGUGGAGUGGCCCGAGGCUGUCAGGGAUGGUUCCUGUCCCUGUUCCUGUCACCAUUUUCUCUAUUUCCUCAGGAUUUUCUCCGGAUUUUCUCAGCAGCAGCGCCGAGCUCCGCCUGAAGAAAAACAAACGGAGGAGCUGCAGCCACUGCGGAAACAAGGUGUGUGA